AAUAAUAUCAACAUUAUAGUAGUUGGUACUAUAACUAAAUUUUGCCCGUAGUGAUAAAAGCGGUUAGGUUUGUGUGGAUGAUCUAAUAAUAACAGAAAACAUCACCACACAACACAACACACAUGUUUCUAUUUCUUUUUAUUAAAAAAAACAAAAACAAAAACCCACACAACACUCUACAUCAGUUUUUGUUUCAGAACACUAGAAUCAUUCACAAAACCUAAAAACCAAACCAAUGGAUUUGAAUUUCUCUCCUUCGAUCAACAACAACACAAUCCCCGUGAAUGGAACAAUCCCUGUUUCUUCCACCUUCGCCACAGCCACCACCCCUUUCGAAAACCCUCUCCCGUCCAACGGUUCCGGUGACCGGAAACAUAUAGCUUUAUGGCCGGGGAUGUACCAUUCUCCGGUCACCACUGCUCUUUGGGAAGCAAGGACCAAAACCUUCGAGAGACUUCUUGACCCACCAAGAGAUGCUCCUCCACAAAGUGAAUUGGUUACCAGAACACCUUCACAGAGUAGGACCAGUAUUCUGUACAAUUUUUCCUCUGAUUUUGUUCUUAGAGAACAAUAUAGAGAUCCUUGGAAUGAUGUCAGAAUUGGCAAGUUGCUUGAAGAUCUUGAUGCCUUGGCUGGAACCAUUUCUGUUAAGCAUUGUUCUGAUGAAGAUAGUACAACAAGGCCACUUAUACUUGUCACUGCUUCUGUGGAUAAGAUUGUCCUAAAGAAACCAAUUAGUGUUAACAUUGAUCUUACAAUUGUUGGUUCUGUUAUAUGGGUUGGACGCUCCUCCAUAGAAAUUCAACUCGAGGUUACUCAAUCCAAACAAGAGGACGGUGAUUCAGACUCGGUAGUACUAACAGCAAACUUCAUAUUUGUUGCUCGAGACUCAAAAACUGGGAAGGCUGCACCUGUGAAUCGGCUUUCACCAGAAACUGCACGCGAGAAACUUCUUUUUGAACAAGCCGAAGCAAGAAACAGUUUGAAAAAAAGGAAAAGAGGAGGAGAAAAGAAAGAUCUUGAGAACGGGGAAGAAAAAAAACUUAAAGAUCUAUUGGCCGAGGGAAGAAUUUUCUGUGACAUGCCAGCUUUAGCCGACCGAGACAGCAUUCUUCUAAGGGAUACCAGCCUUGAGAAUUCCUUAUUAUGCCAGCCACAGCAAAGGAACAUCCACGGUAGAAUAUUUGGAGGUUUCUUGAUGAAUCGUGCGUUUGAGUUAGCUUUCUCGACAGCUUACGCCUUUGCUGGAUUAGUUCCGUACUUUCUAGAAGUUGAUCAUGUUGAUUUCCUCAGACCUGUGAGUACUUUUCUUCAUUCUUAUAAAAACAGUUGUGUAUUAUAUGCAAAACUUGCACAGUUUUUUAAAUUAACCGUUGCGCAGGUUGAUGUGGGCGAUUUCUUGCGUCUCAAAUCAUGCGUUCUGUACACUGAACUUCACGAUCCUGAUCAGCCACUUAUCAACGUCGAAGUUGUUGCUCACGUUACAAGACCUGAGCUACGAUCUAGCGAGGUAUCAAAUACUUUCCAUUUCUCAUUCACCGUCCGUCCAGAGGCAAAGGCUAUGAAAAGUGGAUUCAAACUUCGAAAUGUAGUACCGGCAACCGAAGAAGAAGCGCGCCGGAUAUUAGAGCGUAUAGACGCCGACAACUUGAAUGAAUUCUUCAGAACAUAAAAAACACAACAGCAGUUAACUAGUAAACUAGUUAAAAUGUGUAGCACUAGUUAUAUAUUAGCAGAAUCUAAAACAAUUUGAUGUAAUGUAAUAAUUCUGCUGUCAAGCUACUGAAGGCACAAGUUUGCCUUGUACAACUACUAGCAUUAAAGGGAUUUGAUAGAAACACUCUUCUGCUUAGGCAAGUUAUAUAUGAAUAUGAUUUUAGUGUUUACUCA